AAUUCUAGACGUUCUUCUUUCCUGAGCUUCGCUAUAAAGUAGACUUGGUCACUGCGAUUUCUCUCCAAAUUUUUCUACACUCCGAAAUGGCUCUUCUCCAGUUCCUCCUCCCCUCUCUGUUUCUCUUCCUCUUCAGUAUUCUUCUCAUAUAUCGCCGUCAGCGCCAAAACCACCGCCGUCUACCGCCCAGUCCCCCUUCUUUUCCGAUUUUAGGCCACCUCCACCUCCUCAAACCGCCGAUCCACCGCCCUCUUGCCGCCAUCUCUGCCGCCCACGGCCCCGUCGUUCUCCUCCGCUUCGGUUCCCGCCCCGUCCUCCUCGUGUCCUCUCCGUCCGCCGCCGAAGAGUGCUUCACCGUCCACGACGUCGCCUUCGCGAACCGCCCCCGCUUCCUCGCCGGCAAGAUCCUCGGAUACGACUUCACGGCCAUCCUUUGGGCGCCCUACGGGUCCCACUGGCGCGACCUCCGCCGCGUCACCUCCGUGCACUUGCUUGCGCCUGGCACCCUACGCGCGUCCGCUGACCUUCGCAGCGGGGAGAUCAGAGCCCUCGCGCGGAACCUCUUCCUCCAGCAAGGCGCCGGCAGCGGUGGCGCGCCGAGGAGGCUGGAUCUGAAGUCGACUUUGUUCGACCUCGUGUGCGCCAUCAUCGAACAGCUGGUGGUUCCGCUGACGGGGGAGACGCCAGAGCAGAGGCUGAUCGUCAGGGAGAUGGUGACCGAGGGAAUACGGUUGAGCGCGGCGGCCGCGAACGCAGGGGACUACAUGCCGGCGUUUAUGAGAGUGGCGUGGCGCGGGCUGGAGAAGAGGCUAAUGAGGCUUCGGAGGAGGAGGGAUGAGUUUUGGGGAAAACUCAUAGUGCUGCACCGAGAGAGACGACAGAUCCAGGAUAAUGGCGGUGGCGGCGUGGAUGGGGAAGGAAGAAAGACAAUGAUGGACGUUAUGUUGUCAUUGCAUAACAUCGAUCCGGAACGCUACACGGAUGACAUCAUCAAGGGCCUAAUGAUGGCCGAGGCUGUUUUUGUGUCCCCUUCAAAGAAAAGCCGACAGCAAACGGAGCCAGAACCCAAUGCCUCCGAGCUCCUGCUAAUCAGUGCUUGGCGUCGGAGGAGCCUCUGCUGUUCCCGACGGUCGGCGACCAUAGAUCGGCGCCGUUGCUGCUGCCUACGUGCUCCGUCUCCGACACCGGCACCAAGCAUAGCCCCCGGCUUCGCAGGUGCGCAUAGGAUGGCAAGCCGUGCAGAUACGGAGAACUUAGAACUUGCAACGCCAGUUCAAUUGAAAGGGACGAGGACCAGUAUAAAGGUCCUGUCAGAGACAGAGAAGAAAGAAAACAUCCAUUAACGUGCUUAAAGAAAGAGCACUACACCUGGACUUGGUCAUGCAGGAAUCUGAUGUAUCCCUGAGCUUCAUGCAGAACAGAUGCUGUAUCCGACUGCCAUGAUCCGCACAGUCAAACUCAAAUCAAACCUUCUGAAUUACUGCUAAUUUAGGUAUUAGGCAAAGGAAAUUGAAGGAAAGCAUUGACUUGAUCGAUCUUACCUUGCCGAAGGGUGAAACCAGUUGCUGCAGUGCCAUAAUUCUUUCCCCCAACUUCUCCUUCCUUAUCAUGAUCGUGCCUGACGGACCAGGAGAGGCCACUGUUUUGGGCUUCUUGGUGCUACUGGCCGCCACUCUCCGUCGUCCUCUGCUUGCAGUUUCCUUCUCUCGAGCCUUUCACGGAGUUACUUCUACCUUCAUCGGUAAGAAAUAUAUUGAGAAAAUUAAAAGGACUCACCUUGGUGGGGGACUGAGAGCGGGUGAUGAUUGUGGAAGGUGGAGAAGAGAGAGAAGACAGAGAAGAGUCAGUUGACUUCUGGGAAGCCCCGCGCACUACUGCCACAGUCUCUUCCUGCUUCACACCGAAACAGAGCAUCGCGGAGGAGUAGAAGGAAGACGACGAUGAAGAGAGGCAGGACGUGGGCGAGAAGACGUAAUCUUCUUCGUCGCCCGACCGCAACAUGUCCAUGAAGCUCUCGUCGUCCAUUUGGCCACCGAACCCCUUUUCUUCCAUCCAAACGGAAACGAGGCAGAGUAAAAAUUACAGAGCACAGUUCCUUAUGGAGUCAAUAGGCUUCCUCACGCUCGAUCUGGAGAAGUAGCACUAUGGCAGGUUUGGAGAAGUGUCCGGAAGAAGAACAAGUGAGCCCGAGCCUAGCUUUUUGUUGGCUUCUUCGCCGCUUUUGGCAUCACCUAGGCCGCAGGUGGGCGGGUGUCUGUCGCUGCUUCUGCUUUUGCUUGCUUGCCUUUUUGUUGUCUUUCUCCUGUUGUGUCUGCUAACUUUGGAUGCUUCGAGUUCGCUUUAUUUUAAGUUUCAGGUUUAGCGUC